GCCUGACACAACGUCAAUGCGUAUUCGUCGUCAGGGUCCAAAAUUUUCAGUAGUCUCAGCGAAAAAGAGAAUCGAUCUCUCUAUCUCUCUCUCAACGGAUUAUUGGUGGCUGAUCUCCGAUCAACAGAUCACUUUAAGGUCUAGGUCCCUAACACAAACACUCUCCGAAAUCAAAGAGAAUUUUGAGUUAAGAAGGAAGUUCUGGUUGAAUUGUUGAGUGCGGAUAUGGCAGUAGUUUCUGAUCAGGAGAUAAGCGUCUGCAGCCACUGUGACAGAGCUAUUCCUUCUUCAAAUAUUGAUUUGCAUUACGCUCACUGCUCCCGGAAUCUGGAAAGAUGUAAAGUCUGUGGAGAUAUGGUUCCAAAAAAAUAUGCAGAGGAUCAUUUCUCAAGCACCCAUGCUCCGGUGGCCUGUUCGCUAUGCAGUGAGACAAUGGAACGUGAAAUUUUAGCUGUCCAUAAAGGUGAAAAUUGCCCCCAAAGGAUUGUGACUUGCGAGUACUGUGAGUUCCCGUUGCCUGCAAUUGAUCUAUUUGAGCAUCAGGAGGUAUGUGGGAAUCGGACAGAGUAUUGUAAUCUGUGUGGCAGAUAUAUUAGAUUACGUGAAAGAAAUGACCAUGAAAGCAGAUGCAAUGGCCCAGAUAUUACUGCAGAAUCUUCCAGGGAUGUGAGGGAAGCUGAAAGAAACCAUGGUGCUCAAAGAAGGCCACCACAUGAGUUUUCACGUAAACGCCUUCUAUUUACCAUCGCAAUAACAGGCAUUGCUGUUCUAUUAGGUUCGCUUUUUUUCCAAAGAAAAACAGAGAACAAUCAAGUGCAUUAGCAGCGAAGUGGAACACAUUGGCACUCUUGUGCUUUGUCAGUCCAUACUCUAUCCAAUUGCAUUGAUGAAGAGAGCAUACUGCUAUUACCGUCGAACUCUUCAGUAUCGUGUUAGUACUUUUGUUAGUACUUUUGACAACUUAUGCAUAAUCAUUUUCUGUAUGAGAUUAGUUUCGCCAUUCGGUUGCAGUAAAUAUGUUUCUGUAAAAUUGCAUAAACAUUCUCACCAAAAAAAAAAUUAAACUUUGUCAAUGUUUACGAGAAAUAUUUCUAUUCUUGUCCA